AUUUCCGGUGAGGAAGUUGUCCGUUCAAAACAGAUGUUAGCUUGUCGUUGCAAUAUUUUGCAACUUUCAAUGAGUUUUGCGUUAGUUAAAUACUAGAAGUGUCGUACUCGUUGUUCACUAACCUCUCUAUCCAUGGAGACCCCAGAGCCUGGUCCAGCAGAUGGCGAGGAACGUAUGGUGGAGCUGCGACCUCGGACACGCUCCAACCCUGAAGGUGCUGAGGACCGUCGUAGCAGCACGGGCAGCCUGGGAGGCAACAAUAACCCAAACAUAUCUCAGCCUGCAGUGGGCAGUCGUGUGGAGGGGGAGGGCGAGGCUUCGACCAGCGACAGUCCUCCGAGUUCCACCACCACAACCGUCUCAGCAGCUGCAGCUCAGACUGUAGUUCCUGCAGCAGCAGCAGUGGCUGCAGCCAGUGCCACAGUGCCUAUGUCUACAGCCGCUGUUGCAGCCAAAGAGAGGCCGAAGCCAACACAGCAGCAGUCCACGCUGACCGCCUCCGUCCCUCCACCAGCAGAGUACCAGCUCCGAGUGCCCCGUGUCAACUGCCCAGAGAAAGUGAUUAUCUGCUUAGACCUUUCUGAAGAGAUGUCUUUGCCAAAGUUAGAGUCUUUUAAUGGGUCUAAAACAAAUGCCUUGAACAUAUCUCAGAAGAUGAUUGAGAUGUUUGUCAGAACUAAACACAAGAUUGACAAACGUCAUGAGUUUGCCCUGGUUGUAGUCAAUGAUGAUGCUCUGUGGCUGUCAGGCUUCACAUCUGACCCCAGGGAGCUGUGCAGUUGUCUGUAUGAUCUAGAGACUAAUAUGUGCGAGUCCUUCAACCUGGAAGAUCUCCUUAAUGUUAUUCGCCAGAAGAUUGAGCUACCGCUGAUGGAGAAUGUUCAGACCAUCCCACCUCCUUAUGUGGUGCGGACCGUGCUCAUCUAUAGCCGACAUGCAGGACAACUUCAGUUCAACCCUUCCGAGGCUGUUAGUAAAAUGCUACAGUCUCCAUAUUUUUUCUUUGAUGUGGUGUAUCUACACAACGGUGUGGAGGAGCAGGGGGAUGAGAUGAGCUGGAGGGUGAGUGGAGCAGCUGAUGAAGACAACUAUACCUCUUUCUGCAACCUGGACUCAAAGGGCACGUGCUAUCGCUUUGAGGUGUCCCUGAGUGGACCCGCCAUUGAGCUGCACAACUGCAUGGCCAAACUUCUGGCUCACCCUCUACAGAGACCUUUCCAGAGUCAUGCCUCUUACAGCCUCCUGGAGGGGGAAGACCCCCAGGACAUUGAGGCAACAGUCUAAAAUGAUUCACAAUGAUUCACUCACAAAGCCCUGCUUUUCUGUGAAAUUUACACACUGUAGUUUACCAGAAAAGGGGCUGUUUUUUUUUUUUUUUUCAAGUAAGUACACCUUAUUACUUAGGGGUUUUUUUCCAUUUCCUGCCACAGAGCAAUAAUUUUUAAUAAUAUCUGGGAAAACCAGGCGUGGGUUCUAAAGAACAGAAAGAUUUCAGCACUUUGCUUUUCCGUAAGAGAAUGAAUGAUCUGGCUGUCAGCAAUGAAACUGCCAGAGGAUUUCUGUAGAUGAAAUAAUGAAGUGGAUGUCAGAGUCCAGGACUAGGACACAAGUUGACAGAGAAGAUAAAAAAAGGAAAAUUAAAUACUUAAAGCACCAGGCUUUGUUAAUGUUACUUCUUCACAAUUUAUUUUUUUUCUUUUAAAUUUCAGUCCACACUCAUCUCUGUAAGUCUAAGGGUAAAAUCAAACAAACUGCAAUACAUAGUUUUCCAUGGCAGACCUUUUGGGACUUUAAAGUAAUGAACUGUAAUGUGAUGUACUGUAUCAUGGCAGUUACAACUUCUGUAAUAUUCCCUUCCCUUUUAGUUGGUAAUUUCCACCUUUGUUGCCUGUUUUAAUGUAUUUUUUUAUUUUCUAAGGGGUUGUUUUUAAUCAUUUGUUCUUUUUUUCACUCUUGUGUGUCACACAGACAAUGAAAGAAUGUACAAUAAUAUAGAUGUGGCUUCAUUUAAUUUAAAUAUUUUCCUUGGCAUUGAGCUCUGUGGAGUCGAUGGUUUGAUUGUGAAAAAGGCCCCUGUAGGGCCAGUCUAGCUGCACUUGAAACACAUUGCAUAGAUGAGCUUCUUGAAGCUCUUUCUAGUUAUUGAAAAAAGACACGUUUAACCAUAUUUUUCAUGUUCAUAUAUGUACUGAAUUUCGCGUUUGUGCUUUCUACUGUUUUGUCAGGAGAUGGCAGCAAAUUUCCUCAUGAGAUAAAGCCAACUCUGAAUUCAAAGGCCUCUUCAAAGUGCCACUGUCGUUUGUGAGAGCAGGCAGCAGUUUCAUAUUUAAAUAGGUACUGUGUUUAUUAUAUGCCACAUUUGCAGUUUAGGUCAAAUACAUCGGCUCUGAUCAGUAUUAAACUGAUUUUUCUGA